AUGAAUUCCUAUAGAAGUAGUACAAGUAAACAUAUAAAUUUCAUAAACAAUGUAAAUCUGAAAAGAAGAAAACAGGUUAUCGAGAAAAAAAAUAUUUUGGAGAAGGUGCACAUAUUACCUAUAAAAAAAAAUGUUUAUAAUUUUACGAAACUUUACCAGAAACUCAAUUCGUUAAUUAAUGAGGAAUGUAUUUUAUAUGAAGGUUUUAUUAUAAAUAUAAACGAACAUGAUAUGAAAGAAAAAGAACAUGAAAUAAAUAACAAAAUAAAUAAUUGUAUUACAAAUGAAGAAUGCGUAAAUUAUAAAAAUUAUAAUACUUCAAAUGUUAAUAAUAUAAAUGAUGAUGAAAAAGAAACACAUGACUAUAAUAUUGAUAUAGAACAAACUAAUACAGAUAAUACACAUGAUAAAAAGGAAACAAUAAAAACAAAAAAUAGAGAUAAUCAUAAUAUAUCAAAUAAUGAAAAACAAAAACCCACCUUUGAAUAUAAAAAUAAUUUUCAUAAUAAUACUGACUAUAUUAUUAUAAACUGUGUCCCUUCUACAGGAAUAUUAAGUCAUGAUACUUUAAUUUAUACUGAUGGAAAAUAUGUUGAUAAUUUAAGAAAAAUACACAUAUUAAUUAUAAAAGAUAAAAAUUAUAAAAAAUAUGAAAAAAAAUGUCAGAAAUAUUUUGGGUCCAUAAAAAAAUAUUUACUUAAAAAAAGUAAUCAAAUUUUUCAUGAAGCAUUUUCUUUCGUAUCAUAUUCAUUGGAUUGUUUUUCUUAUAAAUUAUCAACAAAGGAUGGCACAGAAAAAAAGGAUAGUGAUGAUCAAUUAACUAAUAUUGAUAGUUCUGAUGAUGUAGCCAACAUUAAUAGUUGUGCUCAGGUAGACAAAUGUAAUAAGUAUGAUCAGGUAGACAAAUGUAAUAAUUAUGAUCAGUUAGCCAAAUAUACUAACUAUGACGAAGUAGCCAAUAUUAACAAUUAUAGAGAAGUGAAAAAAAAUAAAAAAGAAAAUGUCGCAGUAGAUAAAAUUUUAAUGAAUUAUUUAAAACAAUAUUUUAGGAAAAAUCAAAAUAAAUUAUAUUAUUCCGGAAAAUUGUUUCUCAUAAAUAAUUUUACAUUCCUCACUUUGAAAAUUGAUUCGGAUGUAAAUGUUGGUUUCAUUGAUAAAAAUACGGAAAUAAUAUUAAGUGUUGAUACUUAUGAACAAUACAAAAAUGUCCACAUCGUACCAAUGUAUGACACACUUCCAACCACAUAUAAUUACGAUUUGUUCAUGGAUUAUGUAAAACCAUAUAUCGAAAGACAUUAUUUAAAUGUAUAUUCGAUCCAUGAUACCUUUUUUUAUAAAGGUGUGCAAUUUAAAAUCAUGGGUAUCGAUCCAGUAAAUAUAAAAUAUGGGAAAGGAAGAAUUAGUUGUAAUACAUUUAUUUAUACAGAAGGUUGUAUAAAACCAACAUUCUUUGAUGUAAUAUCAAAGGAGUCUAUUAAUUAUAUCAGAUCUUUACCGUUUGAAUAUAAACCAUAUGCCAUAUUAAACAUUUUACAACAUUUAGAUUCUGAUUCCCUGUUACGAUUAUUUCCAUCUUCGAAUAUAAAUAUAAGAGAAAAUCAUAAAAAAGAAGAAAAGCUUUUAGAACAGUUAACAAAACAUAAAUAUAUUUUUAAUAAAAACUUUAAAAAUAAUUAUACUAAAAAUUCGUUAGAAAAUAAUGAUAGUAAAAAUAAAGAGAAUUAUCACCAUAUCAACAGAAAAAGGGAAUUACAUACAACAACAUCAACACUUAAGAGUAAUUUAAUAAACGAACAAUGUGCUGUUUGUUUUGAAUACUUCCAGGACUAUGAUAAAUGUAUUAAGUUAACUUGUUUACAUACAUACCAUUGGAAAUGUGUUAAGAACUGGUUUAAAUUUAACUUAACAUGUCCAUGUUGUAGAUAUAAAUUAAACUUUUAA